CAGCGACCGCCUCGCGACGGGACCGCUCGCGUUUCCCGCGAAAAUGUCAUUCGAUUUUUAAAUAGUGCAUUGUGAUUGGAAGAAUGUUGAAAUACAACGUAUUACUGGCCAUUUUUUUCGUGGCGUUGCUCGUCGUCGUCUCAUCACUACCAAGUCCGACGUCAGCCGAUGAUGAUGAAGACGAUGACGAGCCGUCACCCACGCAGACCAGGUCUGAAGCCGAUGAUGAUGGACGGGUAUACAAGAACCCUAGGAACUCUCCAUCAGCUAACUGUCCUAGGGAUGAAGAACAGGCUACAUUAUUGCUCCAGAAGUGCCUGAGGAAGUGUUCUUCAGACGAAGACUGCAAGAGCAAGAAGAAGAAAUGUCUCUGUGACGGCGCGUGUGGCAUGUCCUGCAUCAAACCAGAUCGAGAAUGCCCAGAGUUGGAGCAGCCGGAGAUAGGUGAGGUCCAGCUGACUGGAAGGCUUUUUGGAGACAAAGCUGCAUACUCCUGUCCCCAUGGGUACCACGUCGUGGGUCUCCAGAGCCGAAGCUGCCAGGCUGAUGGCAAGUGGGCGGGACAACCACCAGCCUGCAAGCAGAACAUCUACUGCCUGCAACCACCGACCAUUGAGCAUGCCCGCCACUCCGCCCUACCCGAACAGAACACCUUCGAUCUGGACGCGACUGUACAGUACAACUGUCACAAUGGUUACGUCACCAACGGCUUCCCCAGGGCUAAGUGCCUGGCCAUUGACAACCAGGCGUCGUGGUAUGGACCCGAUAUCAGCUGUGAACCCCGCUCCUGCGGUGAGCCAGGCGACGUGCCCCACGGCUGGGUGACCGCCGACUGCCACACCUUCAGCUGCCGGGCCGUGGUCCAAUGUGGCCAGGGGUUCGAGCUGGUGGGCAAGGCUGAGCGCUACUGCCAAGCGGAUGGGGCUUGGGCUCCCAAAGAGCUACCCACUUGUGUCCUGGUCACGCAGGUGCAGUGCGCGCCGCCCGAAGCUCCUCGUCAUGGAAAGGCUGUGUACACAUCGUGUGCAUACAAUUCGGUUGUGUCUUACGAGUGCAAGUACGGUUAUCGACUGGUGGGGGCUGCGACAAGGCGGUGUGGAGCGGACAAGAAAUGGUCUGGGACCCAGCCUUUGUGUAAAGAAAUCAACUGCGGGCACCCAGGACAGCUUUGGAACGGCUGGCUGGAGAACAUCUCGUCGGGCACCGGUCUCGGAGCGUCCAUCAUCUUCCGAUGUCAGGACGGAAUGAAAAUGGAGGGCAACGGGUCGGCCAUAUGUCAGAGUGACGGCAAUUGGAGUCAUCCACUGCCUCAGUGUUUGGCUCCCUGCGUAGUUCCCCACGUGUCCCAAGGGCGGGUAGUGCUCGUCGAGAAUAAGACUGGAGACAACGACACCAGCGAGGGGAACACCCAAAUAGUCGGCAGCUCCUCCAUGGUCCAACACGGUGAAAUAAUCUUGGUGGACUGUGAGAAGGAUUACGAGUUCCCGUCCAACAACGCCGCUGUGACCUGCAACAACGGGACCUGGACGCAAAUACCACGCUGCACCCCUGCCAGGUGUAAAAAGAUGCCCAAGAAUCCUCGCAACGGUAUGGUGAUCGCUCCGAAGACAGAACACGGUAUGAAGGCGAGGUUCCGUUGUAAGGACGGCUAUGAGCUGAAAGGGAACCCUAUUGUUGUCUGCUCAUUUGGUAAUUGGAGUGGAGAAACGCCUAAAUGUGACGAAGUUUUCUGUCCAUUCCCUGGAUACAUAGUAAACGGAAAGGUACUUCUGGUCGGCAACAUGGGAUUAUACGACUACCGUCCAUACGUCAAAAAGGUUGUAAAUAAUAAGCAGAUAAUGUAUGAAUGUGAGAAAGGAUACGUCUUGUCUGAAGGUCCACCUGGCGCUACAUGUGUAGGAGGACAUUGGAGACCUACAGAGUUGCCAAAAUGUACUCUUUACCAACACCCUCGAAUACGAUGGAGCAGAAGACGACGCUCCAUCACUGAACCUGAGAUACGUCACAGAAGAUCAGCGUAUCUCAGACAAUAUUACAACAAUUUGAGACGUCAACCUGACCCUACGCAACAAUACUUAGAUCAAAUAUACAACAAAUAUAACCACAAUACACAAAAACCUACUUUGAGACAUGCAAAUUACAAAUUAAUGAAGAAACUGGAUACUGAUGUUGAAGAAGACAUGACACCUGGUGAAUUCACCAGAUCCGACGAAGAAAACUUUCCAACUGCAGUAUAUACUGUAUACAAUGUUCAUGGGGAACCUAUUGGACACAGAAUGUAUUCUUAUCAACCUGUGUAUGAGCCUGAAGAUGACGACAUAAUUCACCAUGAGGACAUAGCUGCUUAUUCAAAUUCUGAUUCAGAAGAAACUAAUGAUCUGUCUCACGUUACUAUAUUAAAAGGGGGACUGUUUACAGAUCAUGAGGGACUUGAAUCGGGCAAUGCUUAUAAUAUUGAUAAAUUGAAACAUGAUUAUUUCGAAAAAUAUUUUGAUAAGAGACGGAAAAGAUUCUUAAGUUCUAAAAGUAGCGAAGAAAUCAAGAAAGAAUUAGAUAUAGAACUAGAAGCGGAUAGCGCUAUUGAAUUAACUACAAAAACUAUCGAAUCUUCUACAAAGAUAAGGAGGAAAAGAGAUAUAAAUAUAGAGGAAGCUGACACAGAAAUAUACACAGUAACACCUACAGCAAAAGAACUAGAAUUAAUAAACGAAGUGAAUAGUAAUUACUUGAAGGUAAUACCGUUAGAAACUCAAACACAAAAUGAGACUGAAAUUAAUUAUAGCUCAGAAAUGGCUGUGAUACCAUUGCAAUAUACGAAUACAAAUUCCACUGAAGUUGAUAAUAUUCUGGAUAAGCGUGAAAAACGAACUAGUAGAAAAACGGAUAGACUUAACCAAACCACAGCAACAGUACCCAAAACAGGCAGAGAAGGCAAAGGCGGCGGUAGACGCAACCAACAAUUCCAAAAAGAGUCAUCAAGUGAUGAAAGUCAAUCAACAGAUAACCAAGAAGUUAUCGAAGGACAAACUAAUGGUAAUCAAACAGAGAAAGGCAAAAAAGGUCGACCCAAAAGUCCCUGUGAACCAAUAGAGAGUGAGCCGUAUGUUAACAUCGAAAUUGUCAAAUAUGGGAGGGAUCCUAAUAACACUUUCAGUUCUGGAACAAUAGUACGAGUAGCGUGUGGUAAAGGCUAUGGUUUGAAUUUAGAACCAAAUGCAACGGCAAAAUGUGUUCGAGGCAGAUGGAAACCAGACAAACCGAAAUGCGAAAUAUUACCAUGUCACGUGCCAUCAACAGAGUAUGGCAUCUACACAAUGGGCGCUGACACUGGACACCCGAUGACUGCCAGUCAGGUGUUAGGAACCCCAGGGAUAGGGCACGGGGAGGAGAAGGAACUGAAUGAGACUGAUCCCGUGCCCAAUGGACAAGUGGUUCAUUUCUCUUGUGAAUAUGGGUACAACGUCCAGGGCCCAACGAAUCUUCGCUGUUGGCUAGGUGAAUGGGCAGUGACAAGCAUGCCAGAAUGUAUUGCAGCACCGUGCGAGCUGCCUCUCCUCCACGGUGCCACCUACGAAGCCGGUUACCGCGCUGGUUUGACCGUAGCACACGCUUCAUCAGUAAACAUAGCCUGUGAACCUGGUAGAUCUCCUCCAGCUACACUAAACUGCCAUCUUGGUAGGCUGCAGCCUACAGUUCACGACUUUUGUAGACCUUUAGCUAAUCUAUCUAGACCACGACCCACGUCAGAGUUCCAGAGUGGAUCUGACAUCGUAAGAGAAGACAUAUCCGAACUUGAACCUGAUUUAGAUGGGAAGACUAUUACUGAUUGUGGACCUCCGGCAAGGGUUCAAGGCACACUGAUAUACCGCGACGGUGACGAAGUCAACGGGACCAUGGUGAUGGAAGGGUACCCUCACGGCACCGAGAUCACCUUCAGAUGUAUAGCUUCCAUCAUGGGGGAGAAGACCACGUGGAAACUGAUCUGUGAACAGGGCAAUUGGGUUGGAAAGAGUUUCAAUUGUGAGGAGAUUGAAGCCCAAAACGAAGAGCUCCUGAACAACAACAGCUGCACGUUCAGAAACGAGGAGCCACACGUCGUGUCCUUCUUCAACGACCUGGAGAUCACUGAGACUGUCGAUUUUCCUGCAGGAUCUGUCAUCAUCUCCAGGUGCAGCGACAUUGGCAAAUAUGCAAUGUCCGGAUCUCAAGUGAGAAGGUGCAUAGGCGGGACCUGGGACGGAUCUAAACCCAGCUGUUUUGGGCUCAACCAGGAGAACGACUAUGCUAUGGAGAAACCCCCCACGAUCCUGUUCCGUCACUCCCUGGGUCCGAUAGCUCAGACCAACGACGGCAAGCUGCUGGUGUACCCUGGGACCAUGCUGCACAUGGAGUGCCUCUGGAUGAGGAGGUUCGGGAACCCGAAGUGGAAUGUAACCCACCACUAUCCUGACGUGGACCGAAAAUACCCAGAAGGAUGGACUACGGAUCCUGGUCGCGACAGCCAACUGGAGUACCGGCUGAGCAUCAUCAGCGCCGUGAAGGAAGACUCUGGCAUUUAUAGGUGCGAAACUCCUGCUAGGCAGAGCCAUCAGGUGGAGAUAAUUGUCGAGGAUGUCCACUGCCCCCCUCUUCCCAUCCGUCGAGGCCUGGUGCCAAGCGAAAUGAACACCCGUCUGGGCACAGAGAUCAGGUUCCACUGUGCCAACGGCAACGCUCUGUUGGGAGCUCACGCCCUUGUCUGCAGGGCUUCUGGCAACUGGAGCGCACCUUUACCUGUGUGUGAAAGCGUAGAAUGCGGCGAAGUGAUCCACGACACGCCGCUGAGCGAGGGCGAGCGACGGCCGCGCGUGGCGGUGGUGUCGCGCGGCGUGGGCGGGCGCGCCGCGUUCUCGUGCGCGGCGGGCUGGGCGCUGCGCGGCGCCGCGCACACCGUCUGUCUGCCCGCCGCCGACUGGGCCAAGCCCUUCCCCGUCUGCAGAGAGGUGUCCUGUCCAGCGUUGCCCCCACCACAAUCGGGCUACGUGCUAGGCCGAGCCCCGUACAGAGCUGGUGACGUGCUGCAGUUCCACUGCAACCCUGAGCAUACGCUGCAUGGAAGACCAAUACUGGUGUGCCAAGACAGCGGUAGAUGGAGUGAUAAGCCUCCCACUUGUGCCCAAGCAUGCACGUACCCGGGAACAACGAUAUCAGGUCGGAUGUCGUCCGUCAAGUUCUACUAUAAGAUCGGGGAGACGGUCACAUUCACCUGCGAACCUGGGUAUAGGCUAAAGGGCGCUCCAAUGCUGAGAUGUUUGAAAAACAGAAAAUGGUCGAACGCGAUUCCACUAUGCACUCCAAUCAACAACUUCACCUCAGCCGACUCUAUUGCAAUGCUGAACGGAGACAUCGACGCCAUGUUGUCGGACGCCGCCAUUUUGCCGACAGACUUCUUGAAAACGCGCGAAACGCCCGCCAUCUUGUCGCCAGAGAGUUACCAAGCCGCCAUGACAAGGAUAGCAGCUUCGAAGCUAUUCCGUAGGAUACCGAUUGAAAAUUAUAAAAACAGGAUCACUAGAGUUAAUAGGUUAUUGAGGAGAGAAACAAUAAGAUAAUUACUCUUUAUAAAAUUGUUUUUUGUUUUUCGUUAUUGUGACAUUGAUGGCUUGAAUCCAUCUUUGACAAGAAACUAAUAUUUGUAUAGUUUACCCUCAGCCAAAUAACCAAACCGUUUGUUUUUUUCUUUUCAUGAUUUUGUGUCUUAAGAUUUAGUGAAAUUAGUAAAAUUACUCAAAAUUGUUCUAGAGCCAUCUUACACCGCACAAAUGUGAGUAGAUUUGGCUGAUGAAACUGAUCUAUCUCAGAAAACAACAAAAUUAUUUUGGUCCCAUAGAAUUUGGCUGAUCAUCUGUCUGGAUUUAGUAUAAAAAGGUACAACAUACGAUCUUCUUUCAAUGUUUAUUUUUUUUAGGAAUUUGUUUUAUAUCCUUUUAUUGCUGAGCAUAAUAUGGAGAAAAUCUGUGGAGUGAAUAAAAAAAUAUCCUGUGUACCAAAAGUCUAAAAUGUCCUUUGCGUAAAAACAACUUUUACUUUGUAGAUACACAUUAAAAUAAAAUUAAGUCAUUCUUUAAUUAUGUUAUGUAGUGAGUCAUAUAUUGACCAAUAUCCCUGCGUUGAUUUUUCUAAAUUUUAUAGUUAUUUAUUUCAUAUUCGAGUGUUCAUUAUCAUUAAAAAUUAAAUUAAUGUAAAUUAAAUUUGAAUAUAAUAGUUAAGUAUGGAGAUAUGAUAAAAAUUGCCAAAUUGGAUUUUGAUAAAAAAAUAUUCUAUAAUACCUACAUGCUUGCAUUGUUGUAUAAUAUUUUAUGAUCCCGAUAAUUUUGGUUAUGUAACAAAAUACUGAAUUAAUAGGUACCUAAUUUACAUUUUUAAUACAGCCAAAUUAAUGUGCGAUGCUUUUUUAUCCGGUUUAAAAGCCCUCAUUUCGGUUUUUUUUACUAUUUGAUAUAAUAAAGGUACUUAAGUUGUAAACAUUCAUAUGAAUAUUAUGCUUCUGUAUACACGUCCUCUCCACCUAUCGCCGGUUGACUGUAAGAGAUCCCUACGUGGGAUAAGUCCGCCGCUGUACAAUGUAUCUUUCUUGUAUUAAUUUUAAUGUUUGUACUUGUUUUCUACGUUUAAAUUUGUUACAAACAAACAUAUUUAAAGUCCUAUAAAAAGGAUUUGAAGCGUAAGGUUCUUUUUAUGAUACUGUUAUUAAUAUAUUUAGAUAAUUCAUAGAUUAGUUUAUUAGAUAAUUUUGUUUGAAGACUGUUAUACUUAUUUAAAUUUUUCAAUUAUUAGUAGACAAUUUUACCAUUUUUUUAUUAGUUUACCAUUUUUUAUAUUAAAAUGUCUAGUUAAUGUAUUAAAAUUGUAUAUAGAAUCGCUUUGCCAAAGUUUAGUAAUAAAUAUACCAAAUAUUAUGUCAUACAAAAUUAUACUUAUUUUUUAUAUUUGCGUUUGCGUGUAUUUUUAAGUAUAAAAUGUUUUGUAAAAUAUUUUUUCACUUGAAAAUAUGUUUUUUUUUGUUUUCUUCACUUUAAAUCAUAAAAUAUAUUUCCAACCAUGUAAAAUUGAAAAUCUUAAUUUUCUGAGUAUAUUUUUUUGGGGUUAUUAUAAUAAUUCCUUUUCAUGAUUAUAAAUCAUAAGUGAAACUAAUUACUUAUACACUAAAUUACAGUUAAGGAAAUAUAGUAGAUUAUUAUAAAGAUAAUAUACGCUAGAUCCUACGCACAAAUUUUCGAAAAAAUUUUGGAGACGAAAAAAAACGAUUCCUGGCAGAGACAAAAAUCUACUUUCUUUUUUUUAAAUUGUAUACUGCCAAGAGCCGUUUUAAGCAAAAUAGUCAUAUCAAAAAUAUACCAUAUCUUGUCGAAUUUUUAACAAAUGCUUAGUGCGAUAUUAAAUUUAUCAUACUUAACAUAUUUUUCAUCACAUACUAUACGUAUGAUUAUAAUAAUUCGUUUUAAAAAAUUGAGACAUUCCAUUCCAUAACGAUGAUAAUAAAUCCAGAUG